AUGUCGCGUCAAGUCGACGUGAAUAUUAAUAAACUACUUGAAGGAUUAGGCCUCGACGGAGAAGAUAAUGACUUCUGCGACUUUUCAAUCGCUGACCAGAACUCGGUCGCAGAAUCUCAAGGUAUAACACCUACAACUCCGUCUAAUUUUAAACCCGUUCUUGGGAGUAACGUUACUUACGUGGUGGCGUGCGUCAUACUUAAUGAGAAAAAUGAGAUUCUCAUGAUGCAGGAGGCGAAAGAGAGUUGUGCAGGUAAGUGGUAUCUGCCCGCGGGACGUAUGGAGAAAGACGAAACAAUCGUUCAAGCUGCCACAAGGGAAGUAUUAGAAGAAACCGGUCUAAAUUGCAAACCGGAAACAUUAUUAGUCGUAGAAACUGCGGGCGGUACGUGGUACAGAUUUGUUCUCACAGGAAAAGUAACCGGUGGUGAGCUAAAAACUCCAGCAAAAGCAGACAGUGAAUCAUUACAAGCAAAAUGGAUAGCAAAUUUAGAUGAAAUUUCAUUAAGAGCUAAUGAUAUACUUCAUUUAAUUGAGCGCGCCAAAAUGUACAAACAGAGUCGUCCUGGUGACUCAUGGCAUAAAACCAUCCUUCCUGCGUUAACUCCACACAGUAAAGAUCUGUUGAGACUUAUUGUUCUUAUAAAGAAGAAAAGUACAAAUAGAAUGCAUGUGUUAUUGAGCGAGAAAAGUGCAAUGCAUUUCCCUACAUGUGAGAUUAAUCCUGCUAAGAGUGUGCAUUCAACAUUAAGGAGAUUCAUGGUUGAAAUGUUUGGAGCUGAUGUGGCUCAGCAUAGGCCAUUAGGCCUUUUCAAUGUAGAAGCUGAUCCCUCAGCUCAUGGGUGCUGUUUAACACUAUUAGUUGUAUUUCGACCAGCCUUAGAAGAAGUGCCACUUAUUGGUAAAUGUGUGUGGCAUGAGUUGUCACAAGAUAUUGAGAAAAGUCUUGCAUCAAUUGUAUCAAGAAAAAAUUCAACAAUUGAACUGCAUGUGGUGCGUUAA